AUGGAUUUUAAUGAUAUGCUGCCACUGAUUGGAGAGUUCGGACGUUAUCAGAAAUUUUUGUUUAUUCUGAUAUUACCAUUUGCCUACUAUUUGGCAUUUGUGUAUUUUACACAAAUCUUUUUGACCCUGAUACCAGAAGAUUAUUGGUGUACAGUACCGGAGCUAGGGAAUUUGAGUCAGGAGGAGAGCCUCAAACUCUCCAUACCUUUGGUGGAGGGUAAAUACAGCAAAUGUUUACGUUAUGAUGUUAACUUCACCGAGCAGCUGGAGCUGGGUGUCAGGGAGGCCAACAACUCAUGGCCCACAACUUCGUGCACACAUGGCUGGACUUAUGAUUUCAAGGAAAUACCCUACACGACCAUUGCCACCGAACAAAAUUGGGUCUGUGACCACGCGGUCUUGGCCACCUAUGCCCAAUCGUUAUUUUUUGUGGGCGCCAUUUGUGGUGGCCUUCUAUUUGGCUGGGUAGCUGACAAAUUCGGUCGUGUCCCCUCAAUGAUUGCGUGCAAUUUGGUGGGCUGCGCCGCCGGUGUAACCACAGCAUUUGUCAACAAUUUUUGGUUAUUUGCCCUGAUGCGAUUUUUGGUUGGAUUUGCAUUCGAUAAUUGUUUUGUCAUGAUGUUUAUUCUGGCCCUUGAAUAUGUGGGUCCAAAAUAUCGCACCUUUGUGGCAAACAUGCCCAUUGCCAUCUAUUUUACCUCAGCCACUUGUCUGCUGCCCUGGAUUGCCUAUUACAUUGCCAAUUGGAAAUAUUUGGCCAUAGCCACCUCGGCUCCCCUAAUUUUGGUAAUAUUUACACCAUGGUUGGUACCGGAAUCGGCAAGAUGGUUAGUUUCCCAGGGGAAAAUCGAAAAAUCUAUCGAAAUUAUGAAAACCCUGGCACGACGCAAUCGCUCCCAAGUCAGCGAUGAAACUUUCGAAAUAUUUCGAUUGAGCUGCAAAAGAAUACAAGAGGAGGAGCAGCAAAAUCUCUCCUACUCCAUAAUGGAUAUGUUCAAGACUCCUCGAAUGAGAAGGACCACAAUUAUUUUGGUAAUCGUUUGGAUGUGUAUAACUCUCGUGUUUGAUGGCCAUGUGCGCAGUGUGGGUUCCCUGCCGUUAGAUAUUUUCCUGACCUUCACCCUGGCCUGUUUAACGGAAUUUCCUGCGGGAGUCAUCCUCUUAUGGACCAUGGAUAGUUUGGGUCGUCGUUGGAAUGCCUGUGGCAGUAUGGUUCUGAGUGGUGUAUUUAGCCUUCUGGCGGCAGUUGCCCCUUCGGGUGUGUACACCGUGGCAUUUGCAAUUGCGGGACGAUUUUUUGUUAAUAUUUCCUAUAAUGUCGGAUCGCAAUAUGCCGCUGAAGUUCUACCCACCGUGGUAAGGGCCCAGGGAGUGGCUUUUAUCCAUAUUAUGGGUUAUGUUUCGGCCAUAUUGGCUCCCUUCGUUGUGUACUUAAGUAAUAUUGCCACAGUGUUGCCUCUGAUAAUUCUGGGAUGCCUGGGAAUUAUGGGAGGACUGCUUUGUUUGCUGCUACCCGAAACUGUGGAUCGUGUUUUACCCCAAACUCUCCAGGAUGGCGAAGAAUUUGGUCGAAAUCAACGUAUGUGGGAAAUACCAUGUCUACAGAAAAAACCUAAAGGGGAUUGUGAGUAG